AUGCCCACACAAAGAAAUCCUCAAUCGACGAAUGAAAAACACUCAUCACCCGAUGGUCGCUUGAAUAAUUAUUACGAAUUUAUAAAAACAGAACUUUUAAACGAUGAUGAUAGUGAAGUGAUAGAAGCGAUCAACAGAUUGAAAGACAGAAUUUCUUUUCGGGAAAAUGAUAUGUUGAAAAUUCAAAAAGACAACAUGAUGAUGGACAGGGCUACAUUCUUGCCCAACAAAGAACAAUCAUCGGAAGAGUCUACUCAUACUGAAGAUGAUAUGAAAGAAUAUUAUGAACGAGCCUUUAGAGAAUAUUUGGAAAUGGGAGGAAUGGAUGAAAUAUCCGCCAUGCUUUCAGAGUACAAUAUAAACAAAGAGGAUAAAACCAAUUCAAAACAUGCCCGAAAAGAAAUCAAAACUAUCAAAUCCAAUCUAUCGAAGGCUCAAAAAACAUAUAGAAGUCUUCAAUCUAUUCUUAAUCAUCAACUCAACUAUAAUGUGGCUACAAACCAUAAUAAUUUUAGGUUGGAUAAAGAAACAACUAUCAGAAAUGAUAUACGUCAGCAUCCAAUCCUAAUGAAAGUGUUAUCAAAUGAGAUUGAAAAAUUUAAGGUGUAUAUCAAUCGAAUGAGGAGGUUACUUCACGAAAAAGCUGAUCUCGAAAAAAUGUCUCGAUCUCAAAAAUCUGAAACGACCUCAGUCACUAAUACGGGUGCCUUCAAAUUUGAUAACAUUCCUCCUCUAUAUAGAAAACAAUUUUUCGAAUAUUUAACUAAUUACGUAUUGAGAGAUCAGAAAAAUCUUCUUUUACUUCAACAAGCGCUCAAUGCUUAUUAUUCACAAACACAUUUGCAUGGUGAAAGCUCUGUUACUUCCAUGAAUGACAUGUUUAACAAUAAGAGCUUUUGGGAAUACUUUAUCAGCACUUAUUUUAUCCAAAAUGAGUACUUGAAGUUGCUGUUGAGAAAGUAUCAGAGAAGAGAUAUUCGAACAGAAAAUGAUAUUAUCUUGAGAGGUACAAUGGGGAAUUUGUAUCAUCCAGAACAAGUGAUGACAAGCAGAACAUUAACAUCUGAUACGGAUGUCAUUAAUAUCAGAAAUUUAAUGUAUAAUAUCAAUUUGACAAAGGAGAAUAAUCAAGUCAGCAAGAAUCAGUCACAAUCCAAGGAUCAACAACCUCCAAUUAGCAUGGAAGCAUUCAAUAAGUUCGUUUCUAAAUGGAAACAAGAUUACUCUUCUUCAAGGUAUAGAGAAUUGUACAAAUUGGUAGAUGAUAUUUAUUCCAAGUUGGAGACUAAAUUAGAUAGGUAUAACACCAUGUUUCAUCAUGACACUCUCAGAUUUCUUUCAAAGAGACAGAAAAUAUUGAAGGAAGAAACCAAUAAUCGGGUUUGUACCAUGCUAAUCCAGCUGGUUUAUCAAAAUUAUAUUGAAGGAAAACAGGAUAUGACAUACCUUAAACAGGCUUUAAAAGCACGUCUCCACCAAGAGCUAAUUGCGAAUGCUAUGAACACUCUCCAGUUUUUACAGAACAAUUCCUUGGAGAGAUUGGUUGUCAAAAUAUUGAAUUUCAACACGACAGCUCAGCAACCCAAGAGAAAAACAGAAGAGUUGUUUCCAGUUCCAAUUGUAUCUCCCUUACUAGUUAAUUAUUCAAACGAGAAUUUAAAGAUGAUGAUCAUCAAAGAAAACAACGAGCUCCUUACUCCACAAGCUAAGCCUAUACUUCAACGAAAACACCUCCGUCAAUGUAUUGACGAAAUGUUAAGAGAACACCUCACACAUUCAUUGAGAUUCGCAGAUCCCUUUAUUUUUGACAUUCACAAAAACCUGCACAAACAACAGUAA